AUGGAUAUAAUUCACACAAAUCGAAUAGGAUGUAUAGGUGCUGGUUAUGUAGGAGGUCCUACAAUGGCUAUGAUAGCAAAUAAAUGUCCACAUUUAUCUGUCCAUGUUUGUGACAAAAAUCCCAAGGUAAUUGACCAAUGGAAUUCUGAAAACUUUAAUUUACCAAUAUAUGAACCUGGAUUAGUUGAUAUAUUAAAAAGAACUAGGAAUAAUAAUUUGUACUUCACUUUAGAUAUUGAAUGGGUUAUUUGUAAAUGUGAUAUUUUAUUUGUAUCCGUGAAUACUCCUACAAAAAACUAUGGAAUAGGUAAGGGUGAAAUAGCAGAUUUAACAUCAUGGGAAUCAUGUGCAAGGUCUAUAUCGAGAUAUUCUAAAAAUAGUAAAAUAAUAAUUGAGAAAUCUACAGUUCCAGUGCAUACAGCAGAUGCUUUACAGGAAGUAUUAAAUUCACAAAAAUCCGAUGAUAAGAUAGAGUUUAUAGUAUUAUCUAAUCCUGAGUUUCUUGCUGAAGGAACUGCUAUACAUGACUUGGAAUUUCCUGAUAGAAUCUUAAUAGGAGGUCCGAUAGAAACAGAAAUAGGUAGAUAUUGUAUGAAUACUCUCAGUAAGAUAUAUGAAUAUUGGAUACCAAAAGAAAGAAUUUUAUUUAUGAAUGUAUGGAGCUCAGAACUUUCAAAACUCACUGCAAAUGCCUUCUUAGCACAAAGAUUAUCAUCUAUUAAUUCCAUUUCAAGACUAUGUAAUGUUACAGGAGCUGAUAUAUCCGAAAUUUCAAAGGCUAUUGGUAUGGAUAGCAGAAUUGGAAGCAAAUUUCUAAAUGCUUCUUUAGGUUUUGGUGGAAGUUGUUUUAAAAAGGAUGUACUAUGUCUAUCUUAUAUUCUUGAAUCUUAUGGAUUAUCUAAGGAUGCAAAAUACUGGAGAAGUGUGAUUCAAUUGAAUGAAUACCAGAAGGAUUUAUUUGUAGAAAUUAUUCUUAAAUCAAUGUUUCAUACUGUUAAAAAUAAGAAGAUUUUGAUUUUAGGAUUUGCUUUUAAGAGCAAUACAGGAGAUACACGUGAAACCCCAGCUACAACCAUAUGUGAAAAACUUCAUACCGAAGGGGCUGAAGUAUUUAUUUUUGAUCCUUGUGUCAAGUUUAGAAGCAUUAGGGAGGAAUUUAUUGAAACUGGAAAUCAUAAUUUGGUAGAUUACUUGUUAGAAGAUGGGAAAUAUAAUAAUGAUGAAUCAUAUAUAUAUGAAAGAUAUGCUACAGUACUACUGGAAAGUGUCAAUUUGAAUAAUUCUGGAAAUUUACUUAAAUAUAAUAAGGAAAAAGUUAGAAGUGAAGAUUUUCCUAUGAGCAAUAACGAAAAAAAUACUCACGAAAGAAUAAGUAUAAAGGAAAUCAAGGAUCUUACAGAAUUAGCUAGGUAUAAUUCUAAAAAUAGAACAAAAUUACCAUAUAUUAAUGUAGUCUCUUCGUUGGAAGAAGGUAUUAUAGAUUCUCAUGCUAUAGUAGUUUGCACAGAUUGGGAUAUGUUUGCAAAUAUAGACUAUGAACUCUACUAUCAGAAAAUGAAUAAGCCAGCUUUUAUAUUUGAUGGUAGAAAUAUCUUGAAUCAUCAACAACUAUUUAAAAUAGGUUUUAAUGUCUUUAGAAUUGGCAAAAAACCUCUUCUACAUCAACAUAUACAAGAUGAAAAUGAAGUAUUGCAAAGUUUUAAGCUUAUUAUAAAUGACAGUAACAGUAAUAAUAAAACUACAAUAAACAAAGAAAAUUUGCCGUUCAAUCUACUUAAUUAG